AUGACUGACAAACUACCAAUGGCGACCCUGGAUGCAGAUACAGAUUAUGAUACUGAACAGGUGCUAUUUCGAAUUCGCCGAACGCUAGAAUCAUGUUCCAAACUAAUUGAAGCUGGUGAUUUUGGUAAAUCUGAGAAAGAGCUAUCGGAGCUGGCUGUUUUCCUGAAUUCCAUCUCCGAUGCAGUGGUGAAUAGCCGGAAUUAUGAGGAUGAGGAGGAUGAUUUGGAGCAUACAGCUUUUCAAAUCCUCACUGAGUUUCGUAGCUUCAUUACUUCUUCCUCGCUGGACCAGGUGGUUAUUGAUGCUUUAUCGUUUGAGUUGCUAAAACUAGCUGCUAGGUUUGGUUGUGCAUCUCGAAGAUGCUCAGAGAUUGCCGUUUCCAUGGUGGAUUCUUUUGCUGAUAUUGGCAGUCCCCGCGAUAUGCUUUCCGUGCUUUCUGAUGCAUUAGGUUCACCAAGCGAGAUGUUUCGCGUUCCACGCUAUUUCAUUCCUCUGUUAACUGCAUUUCCUAAAUUGUUUGACUCAGUAAAGCGGCGGCAAUUUGUGCACGUGAAAGCAGCUGUUCCUGUCAUCUUAAAUGCACUUAAGAGUAUAUCAGCACGCACAGAUGAUGAUGAAGUCGAUGCUACAGAUGUGGUGGAAUUAUAUCAGAGAGUGAAUGGCAUUGCUGAUUCUGUUAAAACAGUUUGUCUGAAAGUUGGGGAGGAAGACAGCGAUAAACUGCGCGCUUUGUUAGGCCUGUUUGUCCUGCAGAGUCUGGCCCUUCUUUCAAUGGGCAUAAAACAUAGAAAACUCGUGGACUCUCUCCCUUUGGUGCUACAUUUGUCAUACUUCUUUCCAUACUGUGGUUUAACAUAUGAGGGUUUGAUCACGGGUGAUUGUGUCAAUAACCUUUUGACCACUGCCUUUGGGGAUGAGCAGGAUGAUUUUGUGGGUUGUUUCUCUCAUAUCUGGCUCGGUGCAUCACUUGCAGUUAUAUGGGGUUCCAAGUGGAAUGAGGUUGCUACAGCUGCAGAGGGAGAUAUUGCUGCACUCCAAGAUGAGCUCCAAAGUAGCCAGACUAAAAGAUGGGAAGCUGUAGGCAUGUUAAAGCAUGUUUUCUUGUGUGUACAUUUGCCGUGGGAGUUGAAGCAACAUUCCAUAAACUUCCUCCUUAGCGUUAUGGAAGUGAAUUCGUCACAGGCAACACCAUGUCAUCCCGAGGCAGAGUUCUCUGCAGAUAUGCCAUCUGUUUAUACAGCUCUGCAGGCUGUCCAAGCGGUGAUUAUGUAUGCACCUGAUGCUGUGAUACGGAGGAAUGCAUUUCUCGCAUUCAAGAAGUUGCUAGCUGAUCUUCCAACUUCCCUUGGAUUUGACAUUUUAAGCGCGAUGAUAAAGAACAGUGACUCUUCUUCCAUGAUUGCAUUGCUUCUAGACUGCGUGAGGGAACAAAUGCGUGCAGAAAUGCACGAGAGAACUGUGGCUGCUAAGUCAAUCUCAAAUGGAGAAAGUGAAUCCUCUCAUUGUUUGUGUUUUUGGACUGCUGAUGUGCUUGAAUUGGUGGAAAUGGUUCUAAGGCCUCCAGGAGGAGGACCACCUCCUCUUCCCGAGCACUGUGAUGCGGUUUUGUCUGCUCUCAAUCUUUACCGAUUCAUUCUAAUCACAGAAUCUUCUGGGAAAACUAAUUACACAGGAGUACGUUCCAAGGAGCAUUUAAAGAAAGUCCACGGCGAAUGGCUGCUUCCUCUUCGAACUCUUGUGACCGGCGUUGCAGCAGAAAAUGCUAAGGAUCAGGAUCAACUGGCAUUGGACAUCUCCUGUGGCUUGAACCCGGUCGAGUUAGUGUUGUAUCGAUGCAUUGAAAUCGUUGAAGAACAUCUGAAGCAGUCUUCAUAG